UAGCAUGAUUCCGCCUGAGUUGGUUGCAUCAGCAGAGCAGAGCUCGGCUCAGUGCAGGGUCUCCACUCCCACAGUACACCACACCAUUCAGUCUUCUGUAAACAUGAGUACAGGCGUGUGUAAAUCGGAGGUGGCCGUGUAUGAGCUCCACAAUUUCUCCAUUUCCUUCUUUUCCUCCCUGCUGGGGGCAGAUGUCGUGUCUGUUAAGCUGGAUAACAGUGCUUCAGGUGCUAGUGUUGUUGCAAUAGAUAGCAAGAUUGAGCAAGCUAUGGAUUUGGUAAAAAACCAUCUUAUGUAUGCAGUGCGGGAAGAGGUGGAAGUCCUGAAGGAACAGAUCAAAGAGCUGGUGGAGAAAAAUUCUCAGCUUGAAAAGGAAAAUUGUCUACUAAAGAAUCUUGCCAGCCCAGAGCAGAUGAAAAAGUUCCAGUCCCGGCUUCCUGUAGAUGAGACCAGGGAGAUUUCAAGUCUAGAUUUUGUGCAUGCAACCCAACCAUGCUCAGCGGGAUCUGCAGUUUAAGUGGC